AUGCUCAAGUAUCACCGGCGCUCGCACAGGCACAAGUCGCCCGUGCGGUGUCUGCGAUGGAGGUCUUCGGGCGACUCGGAUGCGGCGAGCACGUCCGCCGUGGAGGCGACAGUAGAGCGGCUGCGGGGCACCCGGGGCGCCCUCGAGGAGCUCUGGUCCGACCGGGAGCGCCGCCUCGAGCUCACGCUGCAGCUCCGCCACUUCGAAAGGGAUGCCCUCGAGGUGUCCUCGAGGCUGGAGCUAUGGGGCGACGAGCUGCAGCGUACGGAGCCGCCGCGCGACCCUCAACAGGCCGAGCAGGCCCUCGCCGCCCACAACGAGAGCGUCGCCCGCAUGCAGCACGCCACCUUCCAGGUGGUGCAGCAGGGCCAGGAGUUGGCCAGCGCGAUCGCGGAGGCGUCGGAGGUGAUGGCGCCCGGCGCCAGCGAGGGCUCGGAGGCGGCGCCGCCCGACGCCCAGGCGCGGGUCCAGCUCCUCCUCGAAUUCCUCCACGACCGCCAGCUCGAUCUCGAGGAGCUCGCAGAGGAGAGGCGCGCUCGCUUCGAGCAAUGCGUCCAGCUAGGCCAGUUCCAGAAGGACGCCGCGCAGGUGGUCAGCUGGAUACGGAACGGCGAGGCGAUGCUGGCCGCCUCCUUCUCCAUCCCCGGCACGCUCUCCGAGGCGGAGCAGCUGAAGCGCGAGCACGACCAGUUCCAGGUGGCCGUGGAGAAGACGCACGCGAGCGCCGUCCAGGUCAAGUACAGGGCGGACGCACUGCGCGCCGCCAACCACUACGAGCCGCACACGAUAAGGGAGAUAUCGGAGGAGGUGACUGAGCGCUGGCAGCGGCUGGUGACCUGUGCCGAGGAGCGUCACAAGCUGGUCACCGCCUCGCUGAACUUCUACAAGACCGCGGAGCAGGUGUGCUCCGUCCUGGACUCGCUGGAGCGCGAGUACCGGCGCGACGAGGACUGGUGCGGCUCCGCGGCGGCGCCGCCACCGGCCGACGAGCAGCUCGCGCACAACCUGGACAAGGCCGCCCAGGUGGCAGCGCUGAUCGUGAAGCACGGCGAGCAGAAGGAGGCGUUCCUGAAGGCGUGCACGCUGGCGCGCCGCACGGCGGAGACGUUCCUCAAGUACGCCGCGCGCUCCGCCCAGGUGCACGGCCACACCGCCGCCGCCAGCAAGGCGCACCACGAGCAGACGCGCGCCAUACUGGACACGCUGCUCGCGCAGGAGAACAAGGUGCUGGAGCACUGGACGGUGCGCAAGAAGCGGCUGGAGCAAUGCCAGCAGUUCGCGCUGUUCGAGCGGUCCGCCCGCGCCGCCGUCGAGUGGAUCCGCGAGACGCAGGAGCGGUGCGGGGCGGCGGCGGCGGCGGCGGCGGCCGGCGUGGCGCGCGAGAGCCGCGAGCGGGUGCGCCUCCUCGCCCAGCUGGCGGACGGCCUGGUGGAGAAGGGGCACCCGCACGCCGUCCAGAUCAAGGAGUGGGUGGCGGCCGUGGACGCCAGAUAUGCAGAAUUUAGCGGUUCUAUGGAAGGCGGCGAAAGCGAGGCAGAGAGCGACUCCGGCGUGGCGCCCUCCCUCGCCUCCACGCAUUCAGAGGAAACGCGCACCGAGCCCCAGCCGCCGGCUGUAGGCGACGAGAAGCGUCGCAGCGCACGGCGAAAGGAAUUCAUCAUGGCGGAGCUCCUGCAGACCGAACGUGCAUACGUAAAAGACUUGGAAACUUGCAUCACGUGCUACUUACGUGAGAUGCGAACCGAUCCGGCGUCAGUGCCUGCGGCGCUACAAGGAAAGGAAGAGUUGAUCUUCGGCAACAUCGAGGAGAUCCACCGUUUCCACGAGCGCGUGUUCCUGCGCGAACUGGACAAGUACGAGAUGAUGCCGGAGGACGUGGGCCACUGUUUCGUGACUUGGGCGCGGGAGUUCGACAUGUACGUGUCCUACUGCCGCAACAAGCCGGACAGCAACGCGGCCGUGGUGCAACACGCCGGCGACUAUUUCGACAGGGUACAACGGAAGAAGAAAUUGGAACAUCCUCUAGCGGCAUACCUCAUCAAACCGGUGCAGAGGAUCACAAAGUACCAGUUGCUGCUGAAAGAUCUGCAGGCAUGCUGCGCCGAAGGGCAGGGUGAAAUCAAGGACGGCUUGGACGUGAUGCUCUCGGUGCCGAAGAAGGCGAACGAUGCGAUGCACCUGUCACUGCUCGAGGGCUGCGACGUGCCCACGGACAGCCUCGGCGAGGUGGUCCUCCAGGACUCGUUCCACGUGUGGGACCUCCGGCAGAUCAUCAAGAAGGGCCGCGAGAGGCGGGUCUUCCUCUUCGACCUCCACCUGUUGCUCGCCAAGGAGGUGAAGGACUCCCACGGGAAGGCAAAAUACAUCUACAAGACCAAGUUCAUGACCUCCGAGCUGGGCGUGACGGAGCACAUCGAGGGCGACGAGUGCAAGUUCUCCGUGUGGACGGGCCGCGAGCCGAUGGCCAGCGACUGCCGCAUCGUGCUCAAGGCGCCCUCGCUCGAGGCCAAGCAGACGUGGGUGCGCAGGCUGCGCGAGGUCAUACAGGAAACAUACUUCCGGGGUUCCCUGGAGCCGCACGCGCCUCGCAGCCCCGCGCGGGGACGCCCCACCAGCUCUCAGCGCUCCAGCAGGGACCUCGACGACACGUACCUGGACGAGACGACGGAGAACGUGGACAGGAAUUCGCUGGCGUCCUUCGGGAGCGGCAACACCACGGACUCGGACAAGAGGGAGUUGACCUGUCGUGUUGGUUUUGCCGUGCUCGGCGGGAAACUAUUUGUUUACGUGUGCUACCACUGUGGGGGCAAACAGUGUUGUUUGGCGAGACCCCGCUGGCUUCGAAUAGGAGCAGCGCGCUGCAUCCGGACAAGUGGCACCGGCAUUAAUACAGCCGAGAGGCACUUUUGUCGCUCGCUCGGAAAUAACUCGCUCCGCAGUCGAGUGUCACCUCGGGGCAUCGGCUUGUGCCGGCUCGCAGUUGGCACAAGUUGGGCGACAAGAGCGCGGAAGAUGCCUCGCCCGUGUGCGCCCACCGUCGCCGGCCUCAAAGCGGAGCCG